GCCUGUCGCAAUCCAGUGCAGAUAUACGUGCAAUUACCCUGUCAACAGUGCUUAAAAUCCCUUCAUCCAUGCCGCUCGGCUCGCCGUGAUCAAUAUCUUCCGUCUAAUCCUCGGAGGAUUAACGGUCAAAAUCCACGUGGAACAAUCCAAUCGUGUUUACGCACCGCUCGUCGUACCGAUCUCCAUACACCCUGCUGAAGGAUCUUCGGGGGAACAUUUGAAUCAGCGCUUUGCGCUUCCCGUGAUUAUCUUGUACGCCGGGAAGGAGACACCAACGAGGGAACUUGACAGUCGCCUGGCAACGUUCGGACGGUCACGCUGCUCCUGCUCGCCACGGAGCUUCGGAAGACGUUGACUUCUUUGGGAGAGACGAGCAAAAGAUCGGACCUUAAGAUUACAGUGCGAAUACUCGCCCACGGGAAUAAUCUUCAUUUUUUUAUGGUGUCGACCAAUCAUGACGUUUUAUUCGACGAACCUUUAACAGUGUCUCGUUGAUUCUUUGUUCGAUACAUCGUUACACCGGUUGAGAGGUGCGAAUGACUGCUUUUUAUCUCGUGCCUGAGAAGUGAUACUUUUUUUAAAUCCAAUCGACCAUCACGUGGAAUCUUACGCGAGUGGAAGGUGAUUGACUGUGGUGGAACUGUCAUUGGGUAUUUAAGAUCGGAAGAUUACCAAGGAUCGGAAUGAAUCGCCACCUGUGGCUAGGAGUUACCUUCGUUUUUGCUCUGAUAACAGGUGCAAGCUGCCUGCGGGACGUCAGGUUGGAAGUGGUUCCAGAGGUUGUUCAACGUGGUCACGAGGUGAUCGUACGGUGCUAUUAUGAUGUGGAGAAGCGACCCCUUUACUCUGUCAAGUGGUACCGCGGAAAGCACGAGUUUUACCGAUUCUCACCGAGCGAGUUUCCGCCUACCAAGAUCUUCAACAUUUCCGGGAUCGACAUUGACCUGAUGAACUCCAACGAGAGCCAAGUUACAAUUUGCAACGUUGACUUCGGCCUAUCCGGAAACUUCAGCUGCGAAGUUACCGUGGAGGCACCCACCUUCUCCACAGCCUUUGUCUCAAAGAAGCUCACGGUAGUAUCAUUGCCCCAGGGUAGGCCUACUAUCGUACUGGAACGAGACCGUUACGACCCCGGGGAUGUUCUCAACGCAAAUUGCAGUUUGCCGGCAUCGAAACCGCCUACUCGUAUCUCGUUCAGCCUGAAUAACAAGCCAGUCGGCUCGUCGAUGUCAAAGCCGCGCAAGCUCGAUAACGGCAACGGUGGCUCUCAGACGGACACAGGGUUGCAAUCCAGCAAUUUAACCCUUACGAUUCAGCCGUCUCAUUACUCCAAUGGUCAGUUGACCCUACGCUGUAUAGCUGAGAUUCCUGGUAUAUUCUCAUCCACCAGUGAAGUCCAGAUAGGAACAGGAUUGCGUGAGCCAGUGCCAGAGAGAGUUACGUCGGAGAAUGGCUGUCCCGCAGGAACGAUGCUCUCCCUGUUCGUGGUCUGCCUGAGCCUGGUGCACCUGCUUCUGAGAUAGUCGGAUCCGCUGCGUCGCCUGGAGCGAGAGGGAAACGUCAGAAUGGGAAUUACCACUAGUCAAGAAAUAUUGUUGAACGACAUAAAUUUACGUGAUUUUAUAUUGGUUUAUAUUUAAACGUUUAACGGAACGCAUGAAAUCGAUUACUAGGACUUUCAAACGUUUUGUAUGUUCCAUUUGUUAUAUUAUUGUUAACGAUAACAAACGUCGAUUAACAUGGUCUCCCCGACCCAACAUCAAGCGAUAAGCCCUCGAGUCACUUCAGCGCUGGUUCGUGACCCCUCAUCUCGUCAAAGACACUUCCCUCCCUCCCACCCCCCUUCGCCCCCGUGCACCAGGAGGUUCCACUAGCUCAUACUGCACUCCACAGAUUUUCAAACCAUAAAGACCAAACGUGCAUUUCCACCCUCAAGCUCAUAAGGACACCCCAAGGCUCAAGCUAGUUAGUCUACUCCCGAAGAACAUCCUUGAUUUAAUAUACGUCGUAUAUCCGGCACCCUUGUUCUACUUUCUCAUUAGCUUCAACUUGAACUCUCGAACCUUCUCGAAAGUGCUGUCCUAUGCGCCCGGCAACUUCACUUGCUCGAGACUUUCGUCUUGGAAAGACGUGAGAUGACAUCGAAUGCCACGUGAUUCACUAAACAGUCUGACCUCUUCACCUGGCCGACCAUCCCCAAAGAUACUACCUUGCCAUUGGUCAAUCCGACAUGACUGGUCCAGUUUGCUACGUCAAAGGAUCCUUCAGUGUUACUCUUGUCAACAUAUGCUCCUCGUGUACGUAUACGUUACGUGUGUUCGUAUAUGCGUACUACAUAUAUAUUCCGUUUGUGGCGCCACAUUCGCAUGAGGAAAGUCAUGGCUAUAGAGCCGGAAGAAUUGCACGAAGCGGUACCCAGCAUAUGUAAAGAAAACACGCUAGCUUCGGUAUUGCAACCCUUAGUUCAGUUUUUUUAAUAAUUCUUUUUUGCUACGAGCGAUAAAACCGCACUUUCUGUAUUCGCCCUUAAACACUGAAAGAAUCGCAGCACGAAUUCGUUUCCAGCCAACCAUAUGCUGCAUCCUGUAAAUCAUAGUCUGUACGAACUUUCUAAGCGCCGACACACUUUUUCACUUUCCGAUUUUAAAUACAACGUACCUCUUGGAAGUUCUUCUCUUUUUUUUCUACUUUUAUUUUUCUCGAGGGAUAUAUAUAUUUAUCAUCAUACACGCUGCUACAUAGGAAAAUUUACGAUUAACACGAUCCACGGGAAACGUUACGCUUUCAAGGUAUCCUCGAACAGUUCGAAACAGUCGAAAGUUUCGGAUAUACGCUGAAAACAGGUAUGACACGUUUCACGAGAGAGGAUCAUAUAUCACGUACCUAUACAUACAGUAGUAAGUAGAAUUAACGUACGCAGAUACAUAAUUCGAGAGUAAAACCAUACAGUACAUGUACAUAUAUAUUACAAUCUAACUACAUGAGUAAGUUAUACAAAGUAUAUAAUGGUAUCUAACACAUUUCCAAAAUUUCGCAAUCGUACGUGCGACAAUCGGCGUCAACGAUCUGCUCGACAAUAUUGUGCACGAGAAAAUAAGGGAGGCCGACGUUGGUUACGGAUACCGUAAGAUUUCGAGAGGCUGUGGUUAAACUCGUAACGUUCCCAUGCACCGCAAAGGGUGCGUCAGGCAGCUACUGACGUAUCAAAAUUGUUUCGAAAUGAACUUUGCUUCGAAUCCGAUUAACCGAAUAGCAGCUACAUACCUAUAAUAAUGAUGACGUCAGCUCCAUGCAGCACCUGCGAGAUACCUGGCUUCUGUUUCCAUCUCGUUAUACCUAGUUAAUAGCAUCGAGAGCAGCGUACUCGGAACGCUACUAAUUUCAUACACAGUGCGUUUACAUUACGGUGGAUCCUCGUGAGGCCGCUGGCGCAUAGGAGGUUCACAUAUGUAGUCCUAUACUGACCUACAGGAAACUUAGGUUGUCUGGUACGGAUAUUGGACGUCGUUCGACGUUACGUCAAUGUCCUUAACUUGGUGGUUCCUGAACAUGCGGAGUGAACGUAGCUUACCGAAGAGGUAGUCGAGGAAGGUCGGUUCCCUGUGGUAUACAGAGAUAUAUAUAUAUCGGUAUAUAGAGAGAGAGACGGACUAUAGUGCAGAGAGAAACUAAGGUUAGACAAGCUAUAUCGACGUUUUGUAGUUCUUCGUACCGAACCUAGCGGGCAUGCUAGUUCGACGUGGAAGGUAACCAUCUCGUUAGUUGGGAGGUUUAGGUCGAAUUACCUUGUACCUAGCAGACGGACAGCGUUGAGGUUCGCUCGAGCGAUUAACUGGCUGUGCGCAGACGCUUCUAGUCUCUCUCUCUCUCUCUCUCUCUCUCUCUCUCUCUCUCUCUCUCUCAGCAUUAAGGACAAAGGUAAUGAGCGUCCUAAUGCUCCUUUAUGUCCAAUGCUCCCUCGUUUAAAACUCUAUACAUCUGAUGAUAACUUGGACUCUAACCCUUACUAGUGUUUAUUUUUUUCUACUGCACGGGGGUUAACACGCCAAAGUGCUGUACUUGUGGCUGAUUACUCAUUGCCUCACCGAAGUGUCUCGAUGGCUUAUUAUUAACUUGAAACAAUUUUUUCGCUUGACGGUGUCCUAUAGCGCUAGUGUUAUCGAUACAUCGGCUCGAGCAACAAGGCGUACCCGUGUUACGUCGAUGACGCAUUAUUGAUCUUUAUUCCGGCGACAGGAGAUCAUUGUAAUAAUUUUCACACGGCAAAUACGACACGUGAAGAAAACUAACGUUGUGUGUGCACCUUUAAGGUUAUCAUAUAUAUAUAGAUAUACCUGCGACUCUGUGGAUCCGAAUUGCGUGCACAUUGGAGCGUUGGCAAUGAUAUUGUAUGUAUAUGUAGAUUGUGAGAGUACGAAAGAGCGUAUGCACGAUGAACGAGUGUGUGUACAUGCGUGCAUGAUUAUGAAAUAAUGAUAUGAAAUGAUGAAAAUCUAGGAAAAAAAAAGCCCUCUUGCUCAUCGUUUACGGACUCGAUAAUACGAAUAUUUGGCUGUACGUUUAGAAUAAUUAUAUAGAUCGAUCGUUCUUAAGCAAGCUUCCGUUACGUUACAUAUUAUUCGCACUAUAAUUGUUCAUCCCGAAGAGCUUUGAUCUAAACCUGCCGCAGUUGUAUGGUAAAUGUUAACUCGCAACGAGUCUGGACGUUCACCAAGCCUGAUAACGAAUUAGCGCCUAUGUAAAGCCAACUCGGUGGAGUUAACGUUGGUUUCUCUCCGUUUCGCUGGUGCGGCUGCCUAUGGAAAUUUAACGGACGCACUACGCCAACGUAACAUUUGUAAUUCAUCGAGCCGAGAGUUACGUUCAGCCGGCAAGUAUGCAGGGCGAAAUGAAUUUAUAUCGGACGUUACAGGAUUUGACAUCGUGCGUAACGUAUAAUUAUAUAUAUUCCUUGCACGGUUAAAACUUCUGUACAUAGAGAUUUAUAUAAAGUAUAUAUGUGUAUAUAUAUAUAUAUAUAUAUAUAUAUACAUAUAUAUGCAUAAGGCAAGGUAAUAGGUCUUCCUUCUGGCACGCUAUGUAAAUUGACACAUGGUCGCAGUUACCGGGGAACGUCUGUAUACGUAGGUUUACAUAGACACCGAUGCAUGCAGCAUCCCAGACGUAACUUUGCGUCGUUUCUAUGUACACAAUUUCGAAGCCGAAUCGCGAAUGAGUCUUUUGUGAAGGCCCUUGAGAGCGCUGCGGUCGUCCAGGACCUUGCCGAUUCGCCUGUAAAAUCCGAAGGUAGAAUUUCAGGAUGGCCAGUCGCUCGAGGGCCCGCGCACUUUGACUCGAUUAGAGCGGCGCAAGCGCUACGGUCGACUACAUCGCAUCCUCUUGAUUUUCGUCAAUCGAUUCUUCUUAAUUGGAUGUUCGAACUAAUUGUGAAUAACGGCAUGCAUAGAUACGCGGGAUUCCUGACUCGAUUGAAGUUACGACGAGAUGCCGGAAUUACGGUCGUUGAUAUACAUACAGGAACGUAGAGAGAAUAUUUCGCUCACCUAUAACCAUAGAGAGAAGAAAUUGGCAUUCUUGAUCAAGUCUGUUAACGAGUGUAAUACAAAGUUAUGUUUGUUAUUAUUGAUUGAAAUAUUCGCGUACGUGACUUUUUGGACUUCGCGGAGGUUUAGAGGAUAAAGCGUACCUGCUUGUUUGGAUUGUUGAGACUUUUAUGAUUUCCCAGAGGUUGUUAGUCUGUUAAUUACAUUAGAUCAAAGGGCAGUUUAAUGAAACUCAAAAGCAAGUGCGAACCAGGACGGUCUUUGAUAAAGUUUUUCGUAGGAUCUGCGACCCGUGGAUUUUGCAAUAAUUUCGCAAGGAUAACGAAAAGCAGUCGGGUUGCCUAUAGAGGAGAGUGCGUACCGCUUAGACGAAUGGAAUAGAAAAGUGUGUCCUUACUCCGGGCAUCUACUUACUUCACGCUGUUUCCAACAUCCUGUAGUAAUAUAUUGGAUAUGAUCAAAAGGGCUUAAGGUCUGAAGGUCUGAAGGCCUGAAGGUGCGCCAUGCCGCUUGCUGCUCGGUCAGGAUAGGUCUCGUAACUCAAAGGUGAGAGAAGGAACGGCCGGGUUCGGGCACGGAAAUUAGUCAACGGUUUACGGGAAAAAUUUAUCUCGGAGCUCAUCCGAACGAAGCGCGAUCCCUUAGCAGCCCUAAGGUUCAUGGUGCUUGAAGGAGCGCAGGGAACCCCCUAGUCCAGGUCUUAACUGGUCUAAUGGGAAAUUCCAGGAACCCGUUUGAGUUAUAUCGAUUCGAAGUGGCGCAGAGGUCCAACGUUUUACCGGUGAAAAACGCUCCGACUGCCCUGCGGAAUCGAGUCACGCGAAAGUAUCUAUAUUAUAUAUAUAUAUUGUGACGCAAUUUUUAUACUUCAACUUAUUCGCCAGUGCUAUAAAACUGAGACUAAAGCGUAAUCUAACCCCAAAGUCUACUCGCCGAGACGCAGCUAUCCCGACGCGUUUUACGCCACAAAUAUAAUGCUCUAUUCCCCCGGGACGCGAUACCGAAAGUCACCGACUGGGCGCCAGACGCACCGUUGCGUCACGUAACGAGACUACGAAAAUCCCCGAAAAGAAUAGAGUACGGCAACCGAACUAACUCAGAUGAGGGAAUGGCAGAGGGGCAGGGAACGCCAAGGUGUUGGUAAGGUAGCCAGGAAAGAAGAGUGAGAACCCGAUAUAGAAAACAAUAACAACGGUCCUUUUAUUCAGGACAAACUUAGAAUGCAAUAGUUAACAAGUACGAAAUUCCGAAACAAGUGAAAUAAUAAUCUUAACAAGAUUCCAUUGACGAAAUACAAAAUAUAAUAUACAACAUACCAGAUACGAAAUACGAAAUGCAAAACGAUACGUGAACUCUCGAGAAGCGAGACGAACACGUUACAAUACACGCGACGAUACACGAGUUCCCGAGAAGCGAGAACACGCGGAUUCUCUCUGUUAGGUCUCCAGGGUCACGAGACUUUGCGCUAUGGAAAAUUACAAUAAGCCAGAAAUA